AUGCCUGUACAAACAUUCUACACGUCCGUUGCACCCCCACCAAAGUACAAUUUCAACCGUCCCGGGAGCACAAGAAUCGCCAGUGCACCAAAUCUAUUGAUCUCUACCGAAUCACAUGGAAUAGGACUCAAAAUCAUAUCGCCCGGCGGGAUCAUGUCACCCGAACACCCAGAAUUCGACAAUAUUGUGCGUGCAGCCAUCGAUAUCGCGAGUGAUGGCGCUCCGAGAUUAUCCGUUGGCAAACUCUAUUUCAAUCCUAUCCUCCUUGAAGAAAUCCGAGAUGUAACUUUGGUCAGUCGUGAUGGAAAGGAAACACUGUUAUUUGUCGAAAUAUUCAGCGGCCAUAAGUAUCGAUUUAAAGCCAUCAAAGACAUGCUCCAAUCGGUCGAUGCUGCAGUGUUGGAUUCGGAUAAAUGUAGUAUUUGUAUGGAGCCGUAUGAUGCGGCUGAUGCAGAUAAAUUCAACGAUCAUAGAGCAUCCAAGUUGCCCGAAUGCGGACAUAUUUUUGGUCGAGAUUGCAUCACUAAUUGGUUGGAGCUGAACGACACAUGUCCGAUGUGUCGUGAAGAAGUUGAACUGACACUUGAAUUUGAUCUACAAGUAUGGGUGGAUUGUGACUGGCAGAUGCUUUAG